AUGCGUCUCGGGCUUUCAUUAUCACUGGCCGCUCUGGCAGCAGGCUAUGUUGUCAAUGAAGAUAGAACCUGCACAUUAUACCCGGAAUCGCUGCAGAAUGAUGGCCAGCCCGUCGAUGAUGCACCUUCAAUUCAAAAAGCCUUCGAGCUUUGCGGUACCGAUGGCAAGGUUGUUUUCGCCGCCAACCAUACAUUCAAUGUCAACUCGGUUAUGAACACGACAAACUUAUUGAAUUGCGACGUGUCGCUACGGGGUGAACUCCGCUUCUCGACGGACAUUCCAUACUGGCUUUCUCACUCUUACUCCGUGGUCUUCCAAAAUCAGUCUACCGCUUGGUUAUUUGGUGGCACUAAUGUUACUUUCCGUGGCGAAGAGGGCGGCUGGUACAAUGGCCAAGGUCAGGCUUGGUAUACUCAAAACCGCAACCAAAGCAAUCAGCCUGGUCGACCUAUUAGUAUCACCUUCUACAAUUCGACGAACCUACUAGUGGAUGGAUUGACCAUUAUCCAACCGCAAUUCUGGGCCACAUUUGUCUGGCAGAGCAAAAAUGUCUCCAUUACAAACUUCUUCGUCAAUGCCACUAGCAAUGAUGAAUGGGGCACUGUGAACACCGACGGUUACGAUUCUUGGAACAGUGACACACUGCUGGUGGAAAAUGCAGUCGUCACCACUAGUGAUGACUGCAUUGCAGUGAAAGGAAACACCACGAAUCUUCUGGUUAGAAACGUUACCUGCCACUGGGGCUUCGGGAUGGCGAUAGGGUCUGUUGGGCAAUACCCUACAAUGCCGGACUAUGUGGAGAACGUUACCUUCGAGGAUGUCAAAUGUUAUAAUUGCAUGGAAGCAGCUUUCAUCAAAACUUGGCAGGGAGUCCCUGAGGACGAUAGCUCAAACGGCGAUGGCGGAGGAGGGGGCAGGGGGCUGAUCAAAAAUGUCGUCUUCCGCAAUUUUGAAUUGACUAAUGUUGCCUUGCCUAUUCAGAUAUCUCAGUGCAUCUAUACGGAGAAUGGGCAGAACUGCAACACGUCGAAGAUGGCAAUCGAGGACAUCACAUGGUCUAACAUCAAGGGCACCUCACGAUAUAACAUCGUCGCCUCUCUUUAUUGCUCGGACGUGCACCCUUGUCCAGGCAUUAAAUUUGAAGACGUCGAAAUUCAAUCGGUUAACCACACAUUGGGAUUACCACUCUCUGACACGACAUUACAAAAUGAGGUGUACCAGUGUACGAACCUUGUUGAUGGUUCGGGCAUUCCCUGCAAUCGCGCUGCGCCGAGCAAUUAUGGCCAAGUAGUUACUUCAAACGUGAAAGAUGAUGCAAGUAGCACGGAAUCUUCGAGAGACCCAAUUGUGGAGGCCAAGAAAAAGGAGCAGGAGAAACUUGCGUACAUGCAUUGA